AAGACGAAGGAACGCCUCCGCACUAAAGUAUGGUGGCCUGGUAUCGACCGACAAGCGGAAAUGACGUGUAAAACUUGUAUCAGUUGUCAAGCCGUCAGUCAGCCGCUUCCUCCAGCUCCAGUCAAAUCAACGGCACUACCACAAGGACCGUGGGAAGACCUAGCCACAGAUUUGCUGGGACCUCUACCGACAGGAGAAACGCUACUCGUCACCGUAGACUACUACAGCCGCUACUUCGAGGUUGACAUUCUACGGUCUACUACCGCGCAGUCCGUCAUCAACCGUCUCAAUGUUCAUUUUGCACGGUACGGUAUCCCGCGAAGCAUUCGCACCGACAACGGACCGCAGUUCAUUGCUUCCGAGUUCACUGCUUUCCUCAACGAGCUAGGAAUCCAGCAUCGCCGGAACACACCUCUUUGGCCACGGGCAAAUGGAGAAGUAGAACGACAGAACCGCACUCUGUUGAAGGCCAUUAAGGUCGCGAAUCUUGAACAGAAACCAUGGCGAGUGGAGUUACAAAGAUUUCUACUAGCCUACCGGUCUACACCUCAUUCAACAACAGGUGUCAGUCCCGCCGAGCUACUCUUUCGCCGUCCAAUGCGCAGCAAGCUACCCGCUAUCACGGAUACGGUAAGUGAUGACGUAUCUGUUCGUGAUCGUGACUCUGCACGUAAGCAAACCACGAAAGAUUAUGCUGACCAGUCGAGUCGUGCCCUGGACCAUCCUGUCACGGAGGGAGACAGAGUUCUUGUCAGAAAUACGACUCCUGCGAAUAAGCUCAGUCCUACUUUCUUGCCGGAUCCGUACACAGUUGUUUCUCGUCACGGGGAUCAGCUUGUCCUCGAAUCUCCGGGAAAAGUCAAGGUUAAACGCAACGUCCAGCUGACGAAGCCGGUAUGCGAAAGGAAGGAAAGAGAUGAGGACGUUGAGAUAUCAGCAGGCAGCAGUGAAAGUGCAAACACCGACAGCAACACCCAGGCAGAUACUGGAGACCAAGCUGCAGCCACGACCCCGACACAAGACAUGUCUGAGCCAGAGACACAACAAUCAGAACGACCGAAGCGAACUAUAGUCCCUCCUGCGCGAUUUAAAUCGUUUGUGACUUCGUUUCGUUAGUUUGUAUACGUUCAAUUUGUUCUCCGUAUUGUUUAUCUAAAGGAAGGGAGGGAAAUGUAGUGUUUGAGGUCAGUUAAUGUCAUUAAGUGAGGACACGCCCUUGCGGCUAUUACUAUCUAUUACUUAGGUUUCUAGCCCUGCCACUUGUAUUCAGUUCUGUUCUAGCCUUGGUACAGUACAGUACGGAAAGCUACUCGUACGUAGCACGUUGUCUACUCGGUCCACAGACUAC